AGAAGAUAAUGCCGAUACAAAGUCAAAUACGCGACAUUCUUCUUCUAUGUAUCAGUGAACAUGAUAGAAUUGUAACUUGUUUUUGCAAAAAAUGUGAGUAACCAACGAGGGGUUCUUUCCUGCAAAAAAAACGAGGGGUUCUUGCUCUGCGUUUGUUUCUUGAGUUGAUCAGCUAGACAUCUUGAUGAGUUGAUGAUUAUUUAAGUCAAGUAUAUGUGUUGUAAUUUGGAAUAGAGAUAGGACAAGUGAGGGAUCGAUGACUAUAAGCACUGCAGAUUCGAGGCCUAUCCCAAGCCUGCCUGCGGAUAUUAUUCUGGAGAUCCUACAAUGGCUGCCCGUGUUGUCUCUUUUGCGGUUCAGGUCAGUUUGUAAGUUGUGGCUCUCUUUGAUUUCUACUCAUGAUUUUAUCCAAACCCACCUUUCUAAAUCGACUCAAUUUACUCACCCUAGACUGAUUUUAAGCUCCCUCGACCCUCAUUUCAACAUUUUCUCUGUUGAUGCUGGGCUUAUUCAGCCCAGUUGCGAGGAGCUUGAAUAUCCUCUGAAACAACUAGGUGUAUUAGUCCGGAUUGUAGGUACUUGUAAUGGCUUGGUUUGUGUAGCUUUCGAAGGUUCAUUGAUUUUGUGGAACCCUGCCACUCGGAAAUCAAGAAGGGUUUGCGAUUCUGAAGUGAAAUUGCGACUCAGAAGUCAUUCAGAAUGUGUUUAUGGGUUUGGUUAUGAUGAAAGUAAUGAUGAUUACAAGGUUGUUGAGAUCAAAUGUAGUUCCAAUUAUCGCGGACCUUGUACAACUGAACUCAAAAUGUAUAGCUCAAGGUCCAAUUGUUGGAGAAGGAUAGAAGACUUUCCAGUUGGCAUUUCAAUUAAUAAGUCCGGAAAGUUUGCAUAUGGAGCUCUGCAUUGGGUUACUAGGCCACCUAGUUGUCAAGAUUCAUGGAUCAUCGUCUCUCUCGACAUGACAAGGGAGCAUUACGGAGAAGUUGUGCAGCCAGAUUAUGGAGAGGGCAACUGCAGUUUGACACUAGGAAUGUUGGGAAAAUACUUAUCCAUCCUUAUUAGUUGUCAGAAAUGUAGGUGGGAUGUUUGGGUUAUGAAGGAGUACGGUGUGAAAGAAUCAUGGACAAAAUUAGUUACCAUCUUGAAUAUGGAUGAUCCGUACGGAUAUCCGUAUACACCGUUGUACAUUUACGCCAAUGCAGAUCUUUUGCUGAAAUUUGUGUCGCGUAUUGUAGUGUACAAUAUCAAGGAGGGUGUAAUGGAUCUUGCGAUUACCAAUUUUACUGGUUGUUAUGAUUGUUAUGAAGCAGAUACUUAUGUUGAAACUCUGGUUUCACCUGAUAUCCAAACAUGAGUUAGAAAUAACAUCAAGAUCGAUUAGAAUACCUCCUGAUGCUAAAACGGUAAACAGACUACAUUUGUGCUGUUUUCACUGUAUUUGUAUUGUUAAAGCCAUGCAUCAGCAUGACUGGUAAAUGAGGCUUUUCACAAGCUACUUGUAUGAUAAAUAUUUGAGAUAUUCACGGUUUGCACCCAUUUAAAGUACGAGACCAAAACGAAAAAGCUAUAAUGGUCGCAAACUGCAGAUAUCUCUAAAUAUUUUUGUUACAUAUCAAAAUUUGUAAUGUUACUUUUUCACUAUGUAUAUUAAAUUACGGUUAUAUAUGUGUGUGCCAAUUUGGAGUUUGUGGAUGA